GGCGCACACGUUGGCUGCGUUGCAACGGCGGCGUCCCGGCUUCUGCCAGGUCAAGGCUAUCUGCCAGGUGGCCAGGGCAGGCUGGGUGCACUGUUGCAUGAUCUGCUGCAAGCUUGGUUGGCCUACAGACAAAGUACAGUCAUCAGUAGCUGGGGUUGGUUUUGGCCAGCUGUUCUUUUGGCACGGUUGCUGAUUGCCUACAAUGUCCAAGUACUUCCAAGGAAACAUCAUGCUGCGUCGUCUCGCUGCCCGCUGCUACCACCAGGGCGGCGCCAUCCGCGCCAUCGACAAAGUGCUGAUCGCCAACCGCGGCGAGAUAGCGUGUCGGAUCAUCCGCACGGCGCGCCGCAUGGGCGUGCGCACAGUGGCUGUCUACUCGGAUGCUGACCGGCAGGCUCUGCACGUGGCCAUGGCGGACGAGGCGUACCACAUCGGAGCGGCCGCCUCGCAGCAGUCGUACCUCCGCGCCGACCGGAUCCUGGCGGUGGCGCGGCGCGCCGGUGCGCAUGCGGUGCACCCCGGCUACGGGUUCCUCUCGGAGAACACGGCGUUCGCCGAGGCGUGCCAGGCGGCCGGCGUGGCGUUCGUUGGUCCGCCGGCCACCGCCAUCCGGGACAUGGGUAUCAAGAGCACCUCGAAGAAGAUCAUGUCCGCUGCCGGCGUUCCAGUGAUCGGCGGUUACCAUGGCGACGAUCAGUCAGACGAGAAGCUAUUGCAGGAGGCGGACAAGAUUGGCUUUCCCGUCAUGAUUAAGGCGGUCAUGGGAGGUGGUGGAAAGGGGAUGCGGAUCGCAGCCACCAGGGACGACUUCCACGCUCAGCUGGAGUCGGCCCGGCGCGAGGCGAUGAAGCAUCAGUCGCUAUAG